CCAAGAUUCUAACAUUUUUGUGAUAAAUAUGAAAUCAGUGGUUGUCUCAACAUACAACGAGACUGAUUCACCAGCUGGGUUUGUUACUAUUUACUCAACAGACCAGCCACAACAAAAAAUAAGUUCAAAAGCAAUUUUCCAUUUGAUGAAAGACAUUACUAUAAGCCUCGAUUCUAUUUUGGCCAACGCAAAUCUCACAAACGAAGAAUUUCAAAAAGUGAGAAAAACAGAAUCAGUUUUUGAAGUGACAAGGACAUCAAUAACACUCGACCACAUAAUUGCUCGAAGAAUAGCUGCCUCAACUGCAUCUGGAGUAUUUGUCACACUAAUCAACCUUCAGCAGAAAACUAUGACUCUAAAAAAUAUGGAGUUUAGAGUUUCAGGGACACUUGCUUCAACCAGCGAUCCGAUGAACAUCCACAUGGAGAAUAUCUAUGUUGACCAAUACUCCACAAUAAGCGGGUUCAGCUUCGAGACUGUAUGAAAUUACCCAGAAGCGUACCUGACGCCAACAGUGACGGUGAACAAUCUUACAAUUGACUCAUCUUUUCCUGAAGCCGAGGUCACCAUUAAACCUCCUUACUUCUUUUAUUCUGGACCAGGAAAUGUCACUGCCAAAUUUUGGAAUGCUACAAAUGGGUUCAGUCUAGAGACCAAUACUAUUGCAGGUUCCUACAUUUUUGCAUCUCAAGUCUGAAGUCCACCUGAUGGGAUUUUGAGAACAUUUGAUGUAGACACUUAUUAUGGGUCAAUACGUUAUAAUGAUGAUGGGAAAAAGGGAAAUAAUUUUAUUAUCGGACUGGUCAACGGGCUUGGAAGGAUUCAUAGAGUGCAGCUAUCCAAUUUCUUCGUUGAGGAUUAUGAUUCCUCAUAUAUGGGUAUUACAGUUAGGACACAGCCUUCUGAUACAGUAAUUUUGUCAAAUAUAGUUGCCACCAGAUAUUCAGCAUCCGCAGGUUUUUUGUGGCUACAUACAGGAAGUAAGCUCUUUUAA